ACAAGGAAGGGCCAACAAGACACUGUAAGCUAAAGCCAAAGCCUUUGUUAUUCCAAACUCUCUCCUCUCUCAUCUCUCUCUCUUUCUCUCUCACAGAUGAUUCAUCAAAAAACCCUAAUUCUCUUCAUUUCCAUUUCUGGGUCAAUGUAAUAUUUUCCUAAAACCAAUUUCUUAGUAUAUUAUUAAAUAAGUGUGAUUUUGUUCGUUUCUGGUUUUUUCUCAAACUGGUUACUCAUAAAAACACUUGAUCACAUUUCUCCUUAUGUAAAUUCUACAUUUUUAAUUUAUUUAUCUAUCUGGGCUUCCAUAAAAAAGUGAUUAUCUUCACUUAAUCCGUUUUCUCUUUCCAUUUUCAUCAUAAAAAUUUCAUCUUUUUCAGCUUAACUUUUUAAGCGCUUUUUUAGGCUUUAAUUCUCUACCAUGGCCACUGUUAUCACUGCUGACAUUUCAGCUGAUGCCAACAAAAUGGACUCAAAACCAAAAGCUGAAUCUGAAUUCAGUGUUCAGAAACUUGUUGACAUGUUCACAAAGCUGAAUCCUUUGGCUAAGGAAUUUUUUCCUUCAUCUUAUUCUCCUAAUCAUGAUCAUGGCCGUCAAGGGUUUAAUCUCAUCACUCCUAACCAUUUUCUGGUCAACACUAAGCCUUCUGCUAAUGAUAAUAACCCAAAUAAUCGAAGGAGGAGAAACAAUUUUACCCAAGGGAGGAGAAGGUUGAACGGAAGAUCGCUAAAGGCUCAGAGAGAAGAUAGCGUUAGAAGAACUGUAUAUGUUUCUGAUAUUGAUCAGCAUGUUACUGAGGAGCGGCUUGCAGCCUUAUUCACCAAUUGUGGACAAGUUAUUGAUUGCCGAAUUUGUGGUGAUCCGCAUUCAGUUCUUCGUUUUGCUUUUGUCGAGUUUGCUGAUGAACAUGGUGCAAGGGCAGCUUUAAACCUUGGUGGUACUGUGCUUGGAUACUAUCCAGUGAGGGUCCUUCCUUCAAAAACUGCUAUCCUUCCUGUGAAUCCUACAUUCCUCCCCAGGUCGGAUGAUGAGCGGGAAAUGUGUACCAGGACUGUCUAUUGUACAAAUAUUGACAAAAAGAUUUCUCAAGCUGAAGUGAAAAACUUCUUUGAAUCAUCCUGUGGCGAGGUUACGCGCUUGAGGCUUUUGGGGGACCAGGUGCAUUCAACUCGAAUUGCUUUUGUGGAAUUUGCAAUGGCAGAAAGUGCCAUUGUUGCACUAAACUGUAGCGGCAUGCUUUUGGGAACUCAACCUAUCAGGGUAAGUCCUUCAAAGACUCCAGUGAGGCCAAGGGUUGCUCGUCCUGUAUCGCGUUAACCGAUCGGACAUUGUCCAACCAUGACUUGAGAGGAUAUUUAGUCAACUUUCCAGUUGAGACUUGUAUGGAAGAGGCAGUGAAACUGCCUUUUGUUUCCGGUUAUUUUCAUCUUGUUAUGUCACAACUGUUGUUACUUUUUUGUUACCUGAGCCUUUAAAUGUUCUGCACUCUAACUUAACUUUCUAGGUACCCCCAGUCUUGGUCUUAAACUAUUUUACUAUGUCAACAUUUAAGUUAUUUAGUUUCAGUUACUUGGUUAUUUGGAGCUAACAUCAAUUAUGCUUUUCACCA